AUGCUGGAGCUACAGGCAGAGGAAGAAUUAAGGUCAUUGAAAGAAAGUAUACCGGCCCAAGUGGGGGUAAUCGCUCUUAAUCGUAAAAAUGGUAGUUUACUUUUGGCUUCUGGAGAGUUUGAAUCCAAUCCAUCUGAAUCUGCCUUGCAAAUAUAUGGACUCUUUACUGAUUCACUACGUAUCCUAGCCAAGGCAGACAAGGCGGAGACAAAUGGCUUGUCCGAUUCAUUACCAGCUGAUGUCUUGCACCGAAUAGUUGUUUCAAGCCCUACUCAUAGCAUUGUAAUAUCAGGAAAUACACAUAUUGUCACAGCAGUUAAAUCGCCAUUGUGA